GCACAUUUUCACUUUCAGUUUGGAAACCUUCGAGGCGCUGGCGAUACAAUGACGCACAGUUGAGUCAGAUUUUCUUUGAUUUUGAAACUUGGAGGCAGAAAUGGCACAAAGUCUGGAACGCAAGAGAAAACAAAGUCCAACUUGGAAUCGUCCUGACAUGAGUGAUCUGACGAUUGUCCUGCUGGGGACGAAUAUAUCCGAAAACAACAAAGUGGGAAACUUAAUCUUAAAUAAAAACGUGUUUGGAAAGAAAACACCACAACCUGAUGUAGAGAAGUUCAUUCAAAAAGUGGAGAUGAGAAACAUCACAGUCAUCACUCACCUGCUCCAAUCACAAAAACAGUUUUCUCCUCCAGAACCUCAUGUGAUCAUACUGGUUCUGCAGCAUAAGGAUUUUAGUAAGAAUAAAAUAAAAAAAUUACGGUCUCUACUGAGCCGCUUCGGUGAGCAGGCGAUGAAGCACACAGUGAUUCUGACUACUGAUGAUGAGACAUGUGAUGAUGAACUGAAAUCUGUAAAAGAAAAGGAGUUAAUUCAGCCAUUAUCUAAAGAAUGUGGAGGAGGACGUCUUCUACUUCAAAACGCACAACACUCUCAAUUACUCAAAAAAGUGGAUGAAAUAAUCACUCAUAGUAAAUAUAAGGAGACACAACAGGUGUCAGCACUGGAUCAAGAAGAUAGAAGAUCUGAGUGUUCAGUCAGACGGAAAGGGAGAGCGGCAGGCUCUGAGUACAGAAAACACGAUGAAAGCCAAAAAGAGAUAAGAGAAGAAAAUAGUUCUUGGAAACUUGAAGUGAGCAGAAAUCCAGAGUUUGAUCAUCCCAACAUGAGAGAUCUGAGGAUUGCUCUUCUGGGAAAGAAUGUGUCAGAAAACAACAGAGUGGCAAACUUAAUCUUGGGGACAAAUGUGUUUGAGACACUUCCAGAACUUCCAGUGGAGAGAAAGUUUCAGCAGCACAGCCAGAGAGUCGGAGGAGGACUAAAGAACAGACGCGUGAUGGUCAUCAACAGUCCUCAGCUUCUCCAGCCUCACCUGUCACUCCAUCAGAUCACACAGGCAGUGAGAGAGUGUGUGAAUCUGUCUGCUCCAGGACCUCAUGUGUUCAUACUCAUACUGCAGCAUAAUGACUUCACUGAGGAGGAUGGAUACAGAGUGAAAAGUGUACUGAAAGAAUUCAGUGAAGAGGUGAUUAAACGCACUAUAGUGAUCACGACUGAUGAAAAGACAUACAUAUCAAAGAUUAGUUCUAUGAUCAAGAAUAAUGCAAUCCAUCAGUUAAUAAAGGAGUGUGGAGGAGGACAUCUGCAGUUUGAUGAAAGAAAACCAGAAUGGCUCUCAGAGAUAUUCAGUAGAGUUGAUACGAUGCUCAAGGGAAACCAGGAAGAGUAUCUCACAUGUGAGCUAUAUAAAGAUGGUAUAGGGACAUCAGUGGAUGAAGAGCAGAUCAGAUCUAAUGAUUCAGUCAGAUCAGAGGAAGAAAUCAAGAAGAGUUCUCACCACAAAGAUGAUGGAAAACCCAAAGAGAGACAGAAAUGGGAAAGUGAUGAAGUGUCAGCAGAUGUCUUUGGAAAACAGAAACUGAACCUGGUGCUGUGUGGAAGUGAUGGGUCACUAAUGGUCUCUGUGUCCCAAAUUUUACAAGGAAAACAUAUCAGUCCUUCAUACCAGAAAGCAAGUAAUGAAGUGUGUGUGAUGGAGGAGGAGCUUCAUAUUCGUCUGAUCAAUCUGAUCAGUCUUCCAGCUCUCAAUCAGCUCUCAGAGGAGGAAGUGAUGCGUCAGACUCUACACUGUGUGUCUCUCUGUCAUCCUGGAGUUCAUGCUUUCCUCCUCAUUAUUCCUGUUGGUCCACUUACUGAUGAAGACAAAGCAGAAAUAGAGAAGAUCCAGAGGAUAUUUGACUCCAGAGAGCACUUCAUACUGCUCUUCACAACAGAGCUCACUGUUGAAGGAAUUGCAGCAGAGUUUGUCAAAUCCAGCCCAGAAACUCAGAGGUUAAUCAGUCUCUGUGGAGGUCAGUACAGAGUGAUGGGGUUAAAGGAACCUGAAAACUCCAGACAGAUCCCAGAACUACUGGAAUAUGUAGAGAACAUGAAGACUGAACCAUAUUCACUUCAGAUGUAUGUGAAAGCUCAAGAGAACAGAGCCAGACGUGAACUGGAAGAACAACACAAGAAAGAACUGAGUGAAAUGGAGAGCAGAAUCAAAAAGUUAGAGCAGAAGAUUCAGUCAGAGAGUGCUGAAUGUGAAGAUGAUGUGCAGUGUUUGAGGAUCGUGCUGAUCGGGAGGACAGGAAAUGGAAAGAGUGCAACAGGAAACACUAUUAUGGGAAGAAAUGAGUUUGUGAGUAAAGCAAAAUCAGAUUCAGUGACGACUGACUGUAAGAAGGGAGUUGGUGAAGUUGAUGGUCGAUCGGUAGCUGUUAUUGAUACUCCAGGACUCUUUGACACAUCACUGUCAAAUGAACAGGUAGCAGAAGAAAUAAUGAAAUGUGUCUCACUGUCGUCACCUGGACCUCAUGUGUUUGUCAUUGUGUUGAGUUUGACAAGAUUCACCAAAGAAGAAACAGACACUGUAGAUCUGAUAAAGAAGAUCUUUGGUCCAAAAGCUGCUCAGUUCAGCAUCGUUCUGUUCACUAGAGGAGACGAUCUUGAGGGUGAAUCUGUAGAGGAUUAUGUGAGGGAAAGUAAUUCUGCAGAACUGAAGAAACUGAUCAGAGAUUGUGGAGACAGAUACCUGGUUUUCAAUAACAGAGAAAAACAAGACAGAACUCAAGUGAUUCAACUGUUAAACAUGAUAGAAGAGGUGAAGAACACUAAUGAGGGUCGAUACUUCACUAACAGCAUGUUUGAGGAGGCAGACAUGUCCAUUAAGAAGAGAAUGGAGGAAAUAAUGAAAGAGAGAGAGAGCGAAAUACAGGCUCAAAAUGAGAAACUGAGAGUCAAAUAUGAGACAGAAAUGGAAGAGCUCAAGAAAAGACUGGAAGAAGAGAAAAUAAAAGCAGAUGAGGAAAGAAAACAAAGAGAGAAUGAGUUCAGACAAAAAGAGGGAAAAAUUAUGAAAGAAUUCGAAGAAAAACACAAAACAGAACAACAGAAACGAGAGACUGAAAACCAGAAACAAUCAGAAGAGGAAAAACAGCAAAAAGCUGAAUAUGAUGGAAAAAUAGAAGAAAUGAAGAGAGAGAUUGAAAAUCAGAGAUCACAGUAUGAAAAACAGCAAAAAGAAAGAGAAGAAGAAGAUAGAAAGAGAGAAGAGAAAUACAGACAAGAUCAAGGAAAGAUGAAACAUGAACAAGAACACAUUAUAGCAGAAUUACUGAUGAAAGAAGAAGAAGAAAUAAAAAAGAGAGAAUCUGAGCAGAAACAGAGGAAUGAAGAAGAAGAGGAGGAG